UAACAUCUUUCCUCCAGCCGUCUUCAAUUUCCAUCACACACUUAAAUAAAUAUUGUCAAGAUGGCUCCCGCACAACCAGAGCUCAAGAAGUACCUCGAUAAGAGACUGUUCGUCCAACUGAAUGGAAGCCGUAAAGUCCUCGGCAUUCUUCGCGGCUACGAUGUCUUCCUGAAUAUCGUUCUGGACGAUGCUGUAGAAGAGAAGGACGGAGGCGAGAAGGUCAGAUUAGGGAUGGUCGUCAUCCGAGGCAACUCCGUGGUCAUGCUAGAGGCAUUAGAGAGAAUCGGUGGGGAUCGCGACAAAUGAGCACACUGGGACACGGCAUGCGCAACAAAUUCGAGCACGAUCCGAGUUGAAUACCCAUAUGAAAGCAAGGCAGGUGUGCAUUUAGCUAGUUUUGUUGUCCACAAAAACGCCACUUGAUUCCAGGAAGUGGGCCUCUAGAGUCCCGAGGGAACACAUACCACGGACGAGGCGGGAUCGACAAUUGCAUUAAGCAGACCGGCGCUUCAUGCUCAAUAAUUUCAGGUCUGCGAUCUCUUUGAGAUCGGUUACGGGGUUUAUACCACUUGCUAUCAACGCCAACAACGAUAUUUGAGGCGCUUAUAUUAAUCAAUUGACAAUGAUAACCCAUCACCGUUUUGAAUUGGCACGUAGAGAGUUCUACAAUAUGAUCCUUUCUAACCACCACGAGCUUGCAAAGUAUUUAAGGGUCAAGCA